CUCAUCCUCUUCCUCUGCUCGUGUUGUCGAGGAUCCCGAGAGCUCCACGAGAAGAUCCUUCUUUUCCAGCAUUUGGCGAGCGCGAUUCGUGUCAGGCCACCCCGCCCAAGCACGCGCAUGACAGGCAGCCACGACUCAGCCACAAAUUUCAGCUGCCAUCUGCACGGCUGAUCUGUGGCCUGAUAUAUCCUGUCCGGCGUCGUCAACAAACAUCGGCACCAAUUCUACACGCCAAGAUGGGUAAUCAGACGACCUACGUCUUGCUGUGCGUUGCAGCGCUGCUCUUUCUGGCCACGCCAGCUGCAGCAUUUGGCGCUGGCAACAUCAGCUCGCUCUCCAAGAUCGAAGGCCACAAUUGGCGUCAUGGCGACAUUGAGGACCUUCUCACCACUGUCGCCUUCAUCAAAGGCCACAAAUGGACUUCGAUGAUGGUCAAGCGAACUUACUUUGGCAAUUGGCUUCGCGAUUACAGUCAAGCUGUGGACGUCGGUACACUCAAGGGCGUGCCAGCCGACACUAUCCGAGUUCUGGUCUGGAUCCUGGCUUUCAUGAGCUUUGGCUAUGCUACAGAAGAGUUCGAAGUCACGGCUGAACGACUUGGCGUUUAUAGACCCGAGGAGCAUAUCGAUAAUCCCAAGGACUACGCGGACAAUGCUGAUGCCCGCACAUUUGAUCCUCGUCUUCGAGGACCAGUACAGCCCAUUGAGCUUGAGGUAGAUCCCCGGACAGGCAUGAAGAACUACAUUGCGAACGAGCAUAUCGGCAUUGCCACUUCUGUUGGUUACAUCAAGUGGGCAUUCGCUCGAAGCAUUCACUUUGGCCGAAUGUAUACGAGCGGUCCGAACCGAGGCGAUGAGAAAGAUCUCUGUGAAGCGUUACGUUGUUUGGGUACUGGUCUGCACUGCAUGGAAGACUUUGGAGCUCACACUAACUACACCGAACUCGCACUCAUCGAGCUGGGCUUCCACAACGUCUUUCCCCACGUUGGCACACAAACUCAAAUCAACCUCAACGGCAAGCAUGUGUACCCACUUGUGACGGGGACGUUCGGAGGCGUUGAUUUCUUGCAUUCUGUGCUCGGCGAGGCCACGGACCACGUCACACAGGUCGAGGUUGAUGAUACUGAAGUGGCUCAACUCAAUUCGGCUUUGUCUCAAGCAGAAUCCAAACGCAGCGUUGGAAAUGGCGAUCCCGCUCAAGAGGCCUCCUUCCUAACGGACGUGCUUGCUAAGAUCCCAGGUACCGGCUCUCUGAUUCAGGAGGCAGUCAGCCUACAAGCAGCAUCCGAUGCGCAAGCUGCAGAGAACUCACGAAGCGUUGACGGCGGCGGUUACGACAGCUACAGCUCUUCACGAGCUGCAGGCGAUGCCCCCACAACACAAGGCGGCGGCUUCGCAGCUCCUCCCAAGGUCGAUGCAGCUGCAGCAAUGGCCAAGAUCUACCCUAUUCUCUGCUUCCGCGACAAAGUUGUGCGACAGAUUUCUGCCAUUGUUUCCAAGAUUCCUGGUCUGGAGAAAAUGAUCGAAACUGUCACUGAGAAAGUGACGCUCUUCGUUAUGGGGCUCCUCGCGCCGUUCAUCAAGCCGAUUAUCGCGUCAGCUUCCAAUGCUCUCAAGCAAGGAUCGGGCACAGUCAUUGACAGCUCGGCGAAUCAACAAUACCUCGUCUGGUCGGAUCCGCGCAGCACCGACCCAACGCACUCUAUGCUGUCCAAGGACCACUUCAGCAACAUUCUCAACCAGCCUGCGGGAGAAAUCGCGGCAGAAAUUUUGCAGUAUGUGGCUCCAAGAGUUAUUUACGGUUGGGAGCAUCCUGAGGUGCCCGAGCAUGAGAUCCUCGACGACGUUGCUCGUGUGUUCCAUCACCCGGCAGCGAGGAAUGAGCAGCUUGAGAUCCACCGCAAGAUGUUCGAGACUGUCAACAAAUGGGUGCACAAGCGAGGCGAUGGCGGCCAGGGGCUGGAUAACAUUCUUUCGUCCGAGUCAGUGAAGGCGGGCCACAACCACAAAGUCGCAAAUCUGCAGUCAUCUUUCCAAGGCGUGCAGCAGCUGGCACAUUCGCACGGCAUGAACAUUCCAGGUGUCGGUCCGGGUGCUGGAAGUCACUCCAACACUCGGGGAGGUGUAUUCGACAUGCUUGCUGAGCAGCGGGCACGAGAUGGACUCCAGGCGGACCCGAGUGCCUACUCCCACCCGCCUCCCCCUGCAAGCUACGAUCAGACCAGUCAGAGCUAUCCAACGGCUUACCAAAGUGGAUAUGAGCAGCCGUGGCAACCUCAGCACCAGCAGCAGCAAGGCGGCUAUGAUCAAGGAUAUGGAGGAGGCUAUCAAGGGCAGCAGCAAGGAGGAUACGGAGGUUAUGAUCAGAAUCAGCAACAGGGCUAUGGCGGUCAACAUCAAGGUUAUGGCGGCGGGUACAAUCAGUAUUAGGAAGGCAAGGAGUUAACGAGGGAUGAUACCCAUGAGGUGGAGAGGUCACGAUUGAUGCGGAUGAAUUGAAAUGUAUUCGCAAGUAGACGACAGACUAGAACAUGUUUC